UUUGACUUAUAUGGUGUUGGGAUUAUGUACCAGCUACUCAUGGAUAUAUUGUUUGCCGACAUGAAAUAGAAAGAGGUUAUGGCAUAUCUUGACAAUUUUGUAGUAUGGUUCAACACGUUCGAGAAACAUAUUGCAAGACUGGAGAAAGUGAUGCACAAGUUGAGGCUAGCUCAAAUAAAACUUCAAACACAAAAUGUUUCUUUGCAAACCGAAGGUGAAAGUAUUGGUACUGGUGGUAAAUAAGAACGGGGUAUCCCUAAACAAUGACAAUAUAAAUCUGUACAAGAAUUCCUAUAACUAAAAACUGUUGAGGAGUUACAAAAUUUUCUUCGCCUUCGCCGAUAUUUCACUAUCUCACGAAAACAGUAUGUAAGUUAGUGAAAUUGACGAAACAGUCUACAGGAUGCUGAAAGAAAAACUAUUAUCUGCCCCCAAUUUCGCAGCAUUACGACCCCACUUCAGAGCUAUUGCUGUACUGUGACGCAUUUGAUUAUUUAAUUUUAGCCAUGUUGAUACAAGUGAAGCAAAAUGAGGAGCACACCGGUGUCGUUACGAAUGCUUCAAAAUAAUUAAAUAAGCAGAAGAAAAAUUGCACGAUUUCAGAAAAAGAAAAUUGGUUACAUUUGGAUUAUAUACAUGGUAAACAAGUGACUAUCGACCACCAAUGUUUGUCUUUCAUUAAAGACAUAGGGAAUAACAAUCCCAUCUUCUAUGAUGGAGUAUCUUCCUGGAAGAAUUCGACUGUUCCAUUAAGUACAAAUCAGAAAGUAAAAUGGGUCGUGUGGAUGCUUUGUCAAGAUACUGAAAUCAAACGGCUGUGGCGUAAGAAGACGAUCACUUUUAGACAUACUAUACUCGUUAUAAGCAAUUAAAAAGUUAAAAAAAGACAUUCGGCAUGGAAUAAACCGGUAAAAGGCCUUGAAACGAUAAAGAUUUAAAUAAGACAGCGAAUACAUUAAAUAAUUUCAGAGCCAAAAAGACAAAUGAUACUGUAGGAGAAAGAACUGUGAACAUCGUUCUAUCAUUCAAAGAUUUAUCGACGAAGUAUAUUCAGGAUUACUGAAAACGAUUAGACAAUUCCUUAAAAAGGAGAUUGAAACGCAUACACAGUUUCUCCCAUUGCUGGUGGCUCAUCGCACCAUAUACCUAGUGUCGAAUAACAUUUAGAAAAUACUCAAAAAAACGUGUUACGAAAGAAAAUUAGUGAUACAGUUCUAUACUAUCAAAAUGACUUCAAAUACUAUCCGUAACUUAUUAUGGGAUUUUGAUGACAAGUUUAAAAAUAUGUUAAUUUACUUUUUCCAUAACAAGUGCCAGUUCAACAUCCAGGAGUUAAAAAUUGCAAAAUUCAUAACGGUACAUUUCAACCGUAACCAAGAGUAAAUAAAGAGAAAUAUAUGUGUAAUAUAAAAAACAAAACAGACGCCAAGGUAUACAAUAUACUGCAACAUGAUAUGCAGAAACUAGCAACAGACUGAUGCAUAUAUUCGUGCACUACGAGUAGUAUAUGAAAAUCCAAAGCAGGGAACACCAGCAUUACGUAGAAAGAUAAAAAAAUAUGUAACAAUCGAUAAUAUCCUAUACAGAAAAAAAACUGCUAAUCUAGCCGGGAAGAUAAACUUCUGGUAGUUGCGCGUAAGUUAGUAAAGGAUUUGCUAACUAAAUAUUUAAACGUUUUAGACUUUCAGUUUUAAGGCAUAUUUCAAAAUUAAUUAAAUAUUUCAUGGUUAUAAAGUUGCAACUGUAGAAGGGUGACGUGGUCGAUGGCGGUCUGAUGUGAAACCGAUAACGAAGGCUAGCCUAAACAAUAAAAUAACACGUUGCUUAUCUUAGACAAAAGUGUAUAUGUAAACCAUGAGUAACGAAUGUAAGAAAAUAAUAUAAUAGGCAUUCAUAUAUUGUUCCUUGCGUUGUUCAGCAGUUUGUGAAUUAAAAUACUUCUCUUAAAAUAUACUUUACUUUUCAUUAUCUUAAAUUUUUCUUACAUAAAGACAGCGACGGGAUAUCACCCUGUUAAACCCUUAUAGUGUAUGGACAAAAAUACUUGCAAAGUGCGGUGAAGUGACUUUUGUGACGAACUUAUAAUUGUACACAUAAGAACGAUGAGCACACCACCGGGAACUCCACCACGGCGACGUAAGUCGCGCAAGAGGCCACCCUUGUCCUCAAGUGCUACAUCAUUUACGACUUCUACGAGCAGUGAUACCAAGGGGAAUAGAAGAGCUCGUAAACAGAAAAAGAUAAUUCGUGAUCUUCGGAAACAGGUAGAUGCACUCAACCAAAAGACUGCUGUACCAAUCAAUGACAUCACUCAAGACAAGCGAAAUUUUAUUGAAAGGUAUGUGGAGUUUAUAGAUGAUAAGAGCGUUAAGAAAUUCUUUGGGGAACCAAGGUGGGAUGUAAAUUCAUUCCUGAUAAGAAAUAAACGUCAAGUGGAACAAUUGGAUACAAACCUUGAUAAUCAAUCCUCGGAAGAAGAGCAGCCAGGAUUCUUUGACAGGGCAGCUAAGUUUGUUGUCGAAUUACUACAGCGAUUUUUAAGAUGGAUUAACUCAGACAAUUAAUUUGAAAAAAUGUGUAAUUUAAUAAACAAUCUUAAUUAAUUUGCAUUGUCAAAAUUCUUUCAAUUAAAUAAAACUAAAGGUUUGAUGUGAGAAUAAUAUUGAAACAUAAUCAAACACCUUUUUGAUUACUCGCUAAUUUAUUUAACUACUUCGUUUUUCAUGAAAACCACUAUUAUUAAUUGAUUAUAAAUUCAGCAAUAUAUCGCACACCGUAUCGUUUCUGUACUUUUUCUACUCCGCUUUAUAUCGCCUGGUAACUUAAACUCCGACUUUGUGGCAACUAUUUAUAGGGGCUGACUUUAUUCUAAAAAGAUCCAAAAUGUGACGUCUAGAGAAUCUGGUCUUCUUUGUCACUAUGUCUUGGGUUGUCUAAACGUGACACUGUAUGUUGGGUUGCCUGCAUGUGACAUUGACCCCUUUGUAGAGAGCAAGCCGGUCAUAGUCAAGAUCGAUGAUCUUCAUUUUUACCCGAGGUCCCAUCUGAAUUCGAUAAGCAAUGUCGUUGUCGCGUCGAGUGACGGUAUAUGGACUUGUUGUAGUUUUCUCUUUUUUGUAACUAACUUCUUACACUCUGUGCUGCUUUCCUAAGCGUUACUAUUCUUAUCCCCGAACUACCUUCCACCGAUCCUGUAUGUAUUACUCUAAAGUACUCUAACGGACUUCACUAAUGCCUACUAUAUCUAAAUCUAAUCUAUUCAUAUCAACUUUCAAACUUUUUAGAUUCCCUGCUUGAGUCAUUGCCCUAACACUCUACGUUCCGACUCAUGAAUUACUGCACCUUUUCUUAUUGCACUUGAUAGACAUCCCUCGAGGUAGUCCCCGCCCGGUCAUCCGAAUAGGGGGACUUGUUUACGUCAGGAGUGCUUUACCCCUGAGGACAUCAUUAUUCCAGUUCGGUUUGUUUUAUUUUGGACAUCAUAAUGUAAUGGUUUCCCGUUGCCGUCCACAUCGCCGUAUUAUGCACGAGUGGCAUACCGACCCUCAUUUUUUCUGCCACCUUGAGUACUGAAAGAGCUGCUGCCCUCUUUCAGGGAUUUGUCUUUAUCUGGUUUCUCUUUAAGAAUCCAACCAUUAUGGUUGAACCUACUGUCCAGCUCCCUAAAUCCUCGAAACUGGCAAGCCGAUCGACCCGCUCUAGUUUGUACAAGAAGUCUCGUCGGAUCGGCCAUUAUGCUUAACGUUUCUUAAAUCAUAAGAACUUGUACCUUACACGAUAUAAAAAAGCAAGAUGAGUAAAAAAAGUUGAAUGAUUGAAUAAUUUAUUCCAUGAUUACUAAAAAAUUAUUAUACAAAAUAUAGUUUAAAGAAUAAUACAACAAGUCGAACAAUUAAAUAGAACAAUGCUUAAGAUUGCAUAAUACAUUAAGGCACCUACAAUACGGUAAGCUACUAUAUUUGUGCACUUUUUUAAUAUAGCAUCAAUUAACAAUU